AUGAAAAAAAUACAGCAGAUGCCAGACAUCCACACAGAUGUUGGUAAGACUCGGGCUCUGAUUCGACUGGCACUUGAGAGGAAGAUGCUGUCUGUAUACCUGAAACAGCUGUUAGCGGACACUGAUCUGCUGAGGAGCCUGUACAAGCGCUAUGCUUUCUUGCGAUGUGAAGAAGAGAGAGAACAGUUUCUCUGCCAUCUUUUAUCAUUAAAUGCUGUGGACUUCUUCUGCUUCACUAAUACAUUCCCUAAUUCUGUGGUACCCUAUCGAGUUUUGAUAUACCCGAGCUCCAAACUUGGCUGCUCUACCACCAGCGCCAAUGUCUGGCUGUCCGUUGCUGGCCAGCUGGGAGAGACAGGGGAGAUGGAAGUAGCCAAGAGCUUGCUGGAGUUGAAUUUUGAGCACAAAAAUCUCGGAGUGCUAACUACCCUUCGUAUUGGCCAUGAUAACAGUGGCAUGAUGCCAAGAUGGCUGGUGGAAUACGUCCUGGUUAGAAACGAGCUGACAGGUCAUACAUACAGGUUUAACUGUGGUCGAUGGCUGGGGCCGAGGAGUGGAUGA